GGCAGAAUUCAGCUUGGGGGCCUUGAAGUCAUAUCGGUGGUGUUUCGUGAUCGUGUCGUGUUCGUAAUUGUUUUCUCCUUUAUGUAUCAUUCUAAUAAUUAACAUUAAAAUUAUAGUUAUUCAUCGUUGUUCUGUAUCACGUUAAUAAACAGUAUGAGGAUUUGGAGAACGGAACACACAUUUAAUCAUUCAUGGGAAACCGUGACACAGGCAGCUUGGAGAAAAUAUCCUAAUCCAAUAAAUUCUUCCGUUAUUGGAACAGACGUCAUCGAUAGGAAAGUCAUCGAUGGAAUCUUACACACGCACAGACUUGUCUCGACUCGUUUCGGUUUUCCAAAGUGGGCACAAGCAUUGAUCGGUCAUGCGAAGAUCUGUUACGCCAGUGAGAAAAGCGAGGUCGAUCCCGUUAGUCGAGAGAUGGUCCUAAAAACGAGGAACUUAACCUUUUGCAAUCACAUAGCGGUGGAUGAGACCGUCAGAUAUACACCCCAUCCAAACGAUCCUGGAAAAACUUUGUUACAACAGGAAGCCGUAGUAACGGUCAGUGGUGUACCUCUUACACAUUACAUGGAGGAACUAUUGACGUCGAAAAUUUGUUUUAAUUCUGGCAUGGGUCGUCAAGCGAUGGAGUGGGUCAUCGAGAAGUUGCAUCUGGAAGAAUUCGACGAUCUUCUAACGCAAACGGUCCGUCAAUUUGACGAUUUAACGUCGAAAACCAGACGAGGAAUGGACGAUUUACAAAGUGCUAUAAAAUCAUUCGACGAGAUUCACAAUCUUACGAGUUCACCCUCUUCCCAAUCGAUGCCAAAAUUUUAGCUAUGGUUUCGCGUUAGCUUCAAUCUUUUCAAUUGAUUUCAAUUAAAUAAAAACUAGAUGAUGACGAUAAUGAUAAUGAUGAUGAUGAUGAUGAUGAUGAUGAGAAUGACGAGGAUGAUAAUGAUGACAGCGAUGACGACGAGGAUGAGGAUGAUGAAGUGGAGGGAGAAGGGGAAAGGGAGGUGGAUCGAAUUUGCGAAAAAAAAGGAAAAAAAAAAAAUAAGGAAAAUAACCUGCAACCCAAACACGCAACCCAGACGUUGA